UUAACCACAGACGAUGAUGAUCAUAGGGUUAGGGCGGAGUCUGUCUGUCUACUGAACUUAGUCUGCAGUGCAGACGGCUAGGCUAUUAAAAAUCUCAAAACACCACAACAUGGGGCGUAUAAUGGCAUCUCUGACAGAAGAACACUUUGAAUAAAGCAUAAGCUACACUGCACAUAACAAAGGAAAGAUGGGUAGAGAUGAAGAAGAAGAGGGAUGCCUGCCGAGAGCUUUUAACUCACCUGUGCUGGACAUAUAAGCAGCCUAUACCAGCCCUGGCCUAGACCUUUUCCAUGGAUGAUGGAUCGACGACAGCCAAAGGAUAAAACUAGGGCCGGCUACUUUGGGAAUGUCAAGAGCAGGUUGGGGUCCAAGCUUCCUGCCGGUGUCAGCCAGCCUCCUGGGUUCAUCGCAGGACCCUGGGAAUCAGCAUCCAGUGGAGCACAGGCCCAGACAAGGCCACCCAGACAGACCAGGCACACAGCUGCACACAAAGAUACUGGAGCGCCGUCCCACCACGUUCCCUUCAUCCGAAACCCCUGUCUGCGGCAGUACUAUCUCAAUGAGGCUGCCCUGAUGCCAGAAAAAGUGGGAACCAAGACAGCAGAGGGAGCUGACAGCAAGGACACCAACACGGUCCAGCUUGAGGAUACCGUGUUCAGCGUUGCCUCUCAGUGUAGUUCUAAUGUCCUGAGCGUGAUGACAGAAGAGAGCGAGCCUCCGACCUCCACUUUUACCCCCUCACAACUCUGUCUUCCUGUGAACAGGCCGUCUGCCCGCGGCUCAGCCUUCCAGGCAGCGCAGCCUGAGCGCCACUCUCACCGGGACCUGGAUCUGGCAGUGGACCCUCCACCCUCGGGCACUGCCUCCUCCUGCGUGACCCCCGUCUCUCCGUCCACGGACGCGGAGUACGACAAGCUCCUGGAUGUAGAGGCCGUGCCGAUGCCCGAUGGGGAGCUUUGUCUGCUGGCUCUCCCCCUAGAGUGCUCCCAAGGAGAGGGGCCCACCUCCAUGCAGUACCUUAAGCUGUGCACCCGCUACAUCACUGAUCGCAAAGGUGUUGUGUCGGGAAUCCUGCUGGUGACAACCAAUAAGAUCUUCUUUGACCCUUGCAAGACUCACCCACUGGUGAUCGAGCAUGGGUGUGAGGAGUAUGUGCUCUCCUGUGCUGUGGACAGUCUGGCCUCAGUCUCCUUCUACUCUGACAUCUCACACGUGCACUUUAACGACUUAACACAGAGAUGGAAAGGGAAGAGAAAGAAGAGUAAAUGUGAUAAGAUUGCUGUCAAGACUCAUCAUGGGGAGGUGCAGAGCACUGCCCCUCAGCCAAAGGGAGAGGCCAUCCCUACCAUGGUGUCUUCGCUGACUGCUGACUUUAGGCUGGCCCUGGGGAUUGGUCGGGAGAGCAAGGAGGAGGGGACCAGCGAGAGCCUGGACAUGGCCGAGGCAGAGCGGCAGCUGGAGGGGAGUCCACUGGAGGAGCUAACCCUGCAGGCGACCGAGCCACUGGGAGCGGCCGUGCUGAGUGGUGCUGCCGCCACCUUCUGCUGUGGUGGGAAGGAGACGGCCAGCAAAGAGGUUUCCCUCAGAGACAAGCCAGAACAGCAGUGUCUGAAGAACCAAAGAGCAGGCUCUAGACCCUUAUCAGAUAACAUGGGAAAGCUGAUGUUUGUGCGGUUCAGACACCAACAGCCCUUGCGGAGGAAGAAAGGCCUGGAGAUCAGAAAGUCCCAAACUCCACCGCAGAGGGAUUCAUGGUUUACUCUCUCCCAGGAGAGCUCUGAUGAGCUCUAUGCAUACCUGAGCCAGUGCAGGCCGGACCUGUGUUUACUGGAGGGUAGGGAUGACGAGGAGGAGCGGGACGAAGAGGACUUUGUCCUGGUGGACGACAGAGCUGACGCAGAGAGAGAGGAGGAGGAAGAUGAGGAGGAGGGCUUACGCACAGACAGCCGCACUGGGGAAGACUGGGAGAUGGUCUCUGUAGAGGAUGGAGGAGUUCGAGGUCCAGUAGUUCUGGACAAGGAGCCUGAGGGACUGCGUGAGAUUGUGGAACAGAGCCGCAUUCUGCAGGCUUCACAUGUCAGAGAGCUUGCCAGUGAACUGCCCCCUCGGACCGUGGGGCACACGUGGCACCUAGCCUACAGCACAUCGCGCCAUGGUGCCAGUCUCAAGUCCCUCUACAGGAAACUAAGUGGCACAGACUCACCAGUCCUCAUCGUCAUCAAGGACUCCAAUGAUCAGAUGUUUGGCAGUUUCCUCUCUCAUCCCCUGAGACCGAGUGACAAAUUUUAUGGCACCGGCGAGACGUUUCUUUUCUUGUUACACCCUAGGUUUAAAUGUUUCAAGUGGACUGGGGAAAACUCAUUCUUCAUCAAAGGUGACCUGGAUUCCUUUGCCAUUGGUGGAGGAAGCGGACAUUUUGGUCUUUGGCUGGACGAGACCCUCUACCUGGGCAGAAGUAGCCCCUGUUAUACGUUUAAUAACUGCUGCCUGUCGGAGACCGGGGACUUCCACGUCAUAGAGCUAGAAGUGUGGACCUUCUGCUGAGGGCAUUCUACUUCAUCCUUUUGAUCGCCUGGAUGAGGACACAACGUCCUUUGACUGAUGCUCUCACAAGAAAAAGACACUUGACAUGAAGGCUGAGGGCAUCCUUCAUGGAUGCUUUCCUCCUCUGCUCCAUAGUCAUCUCAUGCAAAAUUCACACUUUUGCUUGCUGUUGUCAAGGUGAAUAGAUUCCAAUAUUUAUGAGAAUUAACUAUAUUAUGCCUCCUACUCAAAAGGAACAUUGCAAAGGUGUGAAUGGCCAGAUUGCCCUGGAGAUGGUCUGGUAUAGGUGAGGUUGCUUCUCUUGACUAAGAAGCAGGUCUGGUUUUUGAUUCUGAACUGACAACACAGCCUUAGUAAACAACUUUGACUCAAGACAAUAUCAGCACUGGAUAAUAUUGUAUAUAAUAAGGAAGAUGUUGGUUUCUGUGUGAACAUUAACAGACGAUUGCAUGCUCCUGCUCUAUUUGUGCCACACUUGAACUUCAGUGAUACAACAACUAGCCUCAUUUUCCAUUUUGCACAUACACUAGCGUACAUGUUAAAUCCUAAGGAAACCAUGGGAAAAAAAUUCUUUCAUUCUUUGGGACCUCCGCCACUAACAAGAGCCUUAUAAUCUCCCAUUCUUAAUGUACGACAGUUGGCUUGCAUUAGUCACCCUCUGAUUCCUGCUCACUUGGUACAGAAUAAAUAAACUGGACAGUGGUUAUAAAUUCA